AUGCCACUGCUGCUACUUUUCCGAAGAGAGAACAAGGCCUCUUGGGGGAAGGUGGUGGAGGACAAGAUUGGGGAAAAGGACUCUGAGCUCAGCCUGCUGCUGACCCAAGGAGGGGAGGAGGGAGCCAACAUCUGUCAAGCAUCUAUCCAGCAUCUCCUGCUUCAUCUCUUUAACUCCUCACACCGUGUGGAUGGCGUGCUGUGCUUGGCUGACAUUUUGACCGACGACAGCCACUCGGAGGCCACGCGGGCCGAGGCUGCGGCCGUGGUGGCCCAGGUCACCUCCCCACACCUGCCCUUCACCCAGCACCUCAGCAGCUUCCUGGAGAGCAUGGAGGAGAUCGUGACAGCUCUUGUUAAACUGUGCCAAGAGGCCUCAUCUGGGGAAGUCUUCCUGCUGGCCUCGGCAGCCCUUGCCAACAUCACCUUCUUUGACACGAUGGCCUGUGAGAUGCUCCUGCAGCUGAAUGCCAUCCGCGUCCUCCUGGAGGCCUGCAGCGACAAACAGAGAGUAGACACGCCAUAUACCAGGGACCAGAUUGUGACCAUCUUGGCAAACAUGUCUGUCCUAGAGCAGUGUGCCUCUGAUAUUAUUCAGGAGAACGGGGUCCAACUUAUCAUGGGCAUGCUGUCUGAGAAGCCAAGGUCUGGGACCCCGGCCGAGGUGGCGGCCUGCGAGCGAGUCCAGCAGAAGGCUGCAGUGACCCUGGCCCGUCUCAGCCGAGACCCGGAUGUGGCACGGGAGGCCGUGCGGCUGAGCUGUAUGUCGCGCCUCAUUGAACUCUGCCGCUCGCCCUCGGAGAGGAACAGCAGCGAUGCCGUGCUGGUGGCCUGCCUGGCUGCUCUGCGCAGACUGGCCGGUGUCUGUCCUGAAGGCCUCCAGGACUCUGACUUCCAGCAGCUGGUCCAGCCCCGGCUUGUAGACUCCUUCUUACUCUGCAGCAACAUGGAGGAGAGUUUUGUGUAGCAAGUGUGGGAGACAAAAGACAUUCGGCAUCAUUCUCAAGACCGUAUCUGAGUACAUUCUUGUGAACGUACCAGAUUAUACACCAGCCCUUCACCUCCUUAUUUAUACUUAAUUUAUUUUUUAUGUGAAAUGAACAGAGGGCUAAAUGUUCUAGCAACAUCAUCAGGCAGUCUGUGGUCUUUUGGAGUCUUUUUUUUUUGUUUUUACUUCUGUGACCUUUUAGUUGCAGAUGUUGAAAUGCAUAAUGGCUAAUAUGACAGAUUGUCAUGAGUGAUUUCAUUUCCUCUUGCUUUCUCAACUCUCAAUAUGUAAUCUUGCAUCAUUUUUUUUUAAAAAUUGAGAACCAGAGUAUUUUAGCUGCCCAGCAGUUUUUUUAAAAGUUAGAUUCGUUCUAAAAUAUUGUAAAUGAACUUCAUAGUUGGACAGACUAUACUGA